UGAUUUCAAACAUUGUGUAAUUCACGAAAAGGAAAAUUAUUCUAGUGGCAACAAACGCGAAACAAUCAGCCCUGCCAACUGUUAAUAGACCGAUUUCCAUGUGUCACUUUUCACAAUUUUGCGAACGGCGGCUUUUUUCUCACAAGCGCAAAGUGAAAUUUUUUUAGUGCAACGUAGAAAAUAUAUAUUUAUUAGUUGGGUGCAUAUAAUACCAAAUAAAAAAGAGAAAAUCUACAAAAAGUCUUUCAUUGCUGGUGAAAGGAAUUAUUAUUCAAUUGUUUGGUAGCUGUUUAUACCAUGUACCAAUAAAACUAAAGGCGUGAGUUAGCAUUAAGAAGAAAUUGUCUUGUUGGGGUGAACCUCCGUAAAUGGCUAGAGAGAUUUUGAGUUCCAAUACGGCGCACACCAUACGCGUUCACAUUGAUGAUGUACAUUGAACACACGCCCUUGGAGGACAAUCUACAAUAUUUCUUGAAAAAUCACAUUCCCGCUAGUGACGCCAAUUCUAUUCUGGCGCAUGUACGCGGCUUUGAUGAAAUUUCUGCUACUCAACUGCAUACGCAGACACAAGCUAACAUUGCAUACUCUCGCUAUAGCGGAAACUUAAAUGUGCUCCACUUGAGUGAUACAUCUUCUAGAAUUAAAGUUCCAAACAUAACCGAUAAAGAUACAAAUAGUUAUUUUGCUAGAAAAAAAUUGUCACCGCCAGGUGCACGAAACCGUAACGCUUCAUCACCACCACAACUUAACGGAAUCGGUAAUAUUACAUACGAAGAAGAAGGUGAAGAGGAGGAAAAAUAUGAAUUGAUUGAUAUUGUUGAUGAUCCAGAAGAGAGAGGUGAUACAAAAAACAACGAGCUCACGCAGGAGUCUUCAGCCAAUUGCGUUGAAAAAGUGCAAACACCUGUGACUGAAGAAAUUAUUAUACAAAUAGAAGGCGAAGAAGAUAAUUACGAUUAUUUUGUGCAACCAGCACCCAAACAGAGAAAACAUAGUCCAACUAGAGCACCAAACCAUCAACUUUUUGGUCAACGCCGACAGAGUGCCGGUGAACCACAGAAAGCACGCAAGCGGCCAUUACGUCCCGUGCCAGCAGCUAUACCGAUUGAAGCUAUACAAACUGAGUUGGAAUUGCCGCCACUGGAACUCAUACCACCGCAACCACGCCGAAAGCGUGUUUUGAAUGGUCAAUUACCGCUUCCAUUAGAGCGUUGUGAUAGUGCAGAAAGUGUAACAAGUAGCUAUUACUUGGCUGAGGACGACGUUGAAUUUGCAGGUUAUAAUUACACAAAGGGUCACCGAAGACUGCUAGAAAACGGACAAGCAGAAGGGGAGGAAGAACUAGAAACAGAAGAAGACUACGAUACAUACUACACGUUGCCAGAACGUACGUCGGGUAGACCUACCAACUCACAAAUGGGUAUCGAUAUAUUCAACAGACUGCGUCGUUUGUUGAAUUUAAACACUGAUUCUGCAGGCAAUACACAAGGAGAGGAUACGCGAAAAAGGUCGGCAAAUUACUCAGCAGAUGCCAAUCCGCAUCCAAUUAAAUAUAAAAAAGUGCACAACCGAUUUCCUAAAAUUAUAACCCACAAAUUGGAUGACGCCGAUUUUGAUGUGAUCUCAUCCUUUCCAAAGCACGAAAAACAAAUGUUGUCAUGCAAAUCGCCUAGCAGCGCCUCCCAAAAUUCAUUAGAGAUGACACAACGUAAAUCAUUACACUCCAUUGAAAAACCGAAAUACCGAAAGUCAAUGUUUACUGCGCCUACAAUAACUCAUCGGUUGGUUAAAAAUACUUCCUAUGCGGAUGUCGAGUUUUCCGACGAUGAUGAACCAGAGUUGGUUCGAGGAUUUGGCGUUGGCCUCGCCAGCGGGCCUGUAAUGCGUGGUGAACACACCGUCAAUCCAUUACCACGCACUAUUAAUGUACCCAUAAUGCGUGAAAGUGAAAAUGCUAGAGCGGCGAUUAUGAAACCGCCGCCACCACUUAUUGAACCGCGUACAGGCAGUAUCCUAGCGACAUCACUUAUGCCUGAAAUUGAUUUGACGAAACGCAAGCCCUUAUCAUACUCAGAGGUUCUGCGACAAAGCUUGCAAAUUCCAAUGGGUAGUGGCCAUGUUUUAGGCAGGCGUACGGCGAGCUCAGCGUCGUCCUCGGGUGCCACAUCUGCAUCUAAUGGUGGUAUAAAUAUUUUAGGCAACUUACGUUCCAACAUGUGGUCCACAAAUGCGCGUUCCAUACUAUCGCAUGAAAUAGAAAGUGAAGAGCACGAAAAAUACCAGCAACUAUUGCAGCAGGUAGUACCAUGCUUGUAUGGCAGCACAGAGGGUGCGAAUGCGCGUACGUUGCCAAAGCCAGCAUUUGGUUUUGAUGCGCCACAAAAACGCAGUGCUUUGCAGCAUGUCAAUCUCGGCAAUCAGAAGUCCGUGAGCAACCAACGUAGGUCACUAACAGAGCAAAAUAGUUAUGGACGUGCAUUGAAAAGACCACCAUUGUCGUCUACAAUCAAUUUGGACGAUGACGAUGAUGAUGGUGAUGAAGAGAAUAAUGAUGUCACGUUGGUAAAUGUGAGAAAACAAACGCCUGUACGGACAGCUUUGCCCACGGUUAUUGUCGACGACGAUGACGAUGAAAUAAGUGAAAUCAUCGACUUGGACGAUGAUGAGCGGCAAGUGGUGUCGGCUUGCACAAAAUUGAAAGAUCAGAACGAGAGCGGUCCAGGGUUAGGCGCAAAUGAUAAGAAAAAGUGCUUGACAAGAUUGCCCUACGUUGAGCCGGUUAAUACGUUGCAAGAACGUUUCAAUACUUCACCACAUCUCAAGUCAAAUUGGCUUGAGUCAUUGCAAUCGAAAUGGACUGAAAAGAAGAAGAGUCGUCUACAGGAGGUCAACGAAACCGUGAAUGUCCUAGAAAAGCUAACAGCCGAGCGUCGUGCCGCCGAAUUGGAAAUGCAAGAACGCCUGCGUAAAAUACAAAUAGUCGAUCCAGAUUUGCUUGUGAUCGAUGAUUUCCCAGAACCAGUUAUAGAGGAAGAACCUGAAUUUAUAGAUUUAACACCGGAACAUCAAAAUCGUAUAAAGGCCGCUGUAAUGGGGCCACCAGAUCAGGUUUUGGUUUCGAAAUUCAAUUUAAACAUUACACGUCGCGAUAUACACACCCUGCUAGGUCACAACUGGCUGAACGAUGAAGUUAUCAACUUCUAUAUGAAUCUACUGACCGAGCGUGGUGAGAAAAGGCACGAAAAACACGGUUUACCCACUGUAUACGCAAUGAAUACAUUCUUUGUGCCACGCUUACUGUCAGCUGGUCAUGGUGGCGUCAAACGUUGGACUCGCAAAGUGGAUAUAUUCUCCAAAGAUAUUAUUCCAGUGCCCGUGCAUGUGGGUGGUGUGCAUUGGUGUAUGGCUAUUAUACAUCUAAAAAAUCGUACCAUUAAAUACUAUGAUUCGAUGGGCACACCAAAUCCUACCGUGCUAAAAGCACUCGAACAAUAUCUCAAGGAUGAAUCGUUGGAUAAGCGAAAGCAACCUUACGAUACUAGCAAUUUCGAAAUCGAGUCGGUACGUGAUGUACCCCGUCAAAUGAAUGGCAGUGAUUGUGGUGUAUUCAGUUGCAUGUUUGCCGAGUAUAUUACACGUAAUCGUGAGAUAACAUUCUCGCAACAGAAUAUGGAAUAUUUCCGUCACAAAAUGAUAUUAGAAAUUGUUAGUGGCGAAUUGUUGCAGUAAAACCGUAUAAAUAAUGAUAAUUGGUAAAAGGCUGCAGCGAGAUGAAGUAUAUGAACGUGUGUAUGUGCUGGUUGGACUGGGCAAAAAGUAAAGAAUGUCAUUUAAUUAUAAUUUUUUCAUUUAAACUGAAAUGUCUUUUUUGAUUUUCACAGUGUAAAAGUAAGUGUAUUUUCCAAGCCAUACGCUAAGAAAUUAAUCAUUCUUGACAGUUCAGUAAUAGACAACAUGUAUGUCGCCUUUAGUAUAAAUCUUUCAUUUCAUUUGUACGGCAUUGGUAUAUUUUCUAUAAAGCAAACUGAACACCAUGAUGAAAACUAAAAGCCGCGACGUUCAAUAUAGUAUUCAAAAGCACUACUUUCUCUUCGUUAAUUACUUCAUUGCUGUCGUUUUGGAUAGUUUUUUUUUUUUUUUCUCAAUUUACUGUUCAGUUUAUAUAUAUUAAUAAUCAGUAAUGCAGUUUACAUUAAAUUGAAAUUUCGCGCAAUAAUUGCACUACUUAACUCUAUUUUAUUAUAAAAAAAAAGUCUAGAUUAAAAUUUGCAAAUAUAAAAUAUAAUAUAUACAUACCAACAAAAACAAAAAAGCAUAACUUAUUAUGUAAUAUUCUGUUUAAGAUUUCGUGGAUACAAUUCGUAUUUUUAAUAAUUGAAUAAUCUUUUAUUUAUGUAUUGCGUGUGUACGAUUUAUGUACAUAAUCGCUAUUUAAACGUCUCAGUUGUGUGACAAAAUUCAUAAAAAGGAAAGAAAAAAAUAUGUUUUGAUGAAUGCUCAAACGCACUUUAAUUUCUUUUCUUAAAUUAUAUAUCCAUCUAAAUGUAAAAACAAGUAUAAAAUAAUGCUUGGGUUCUAUUAAAAUUUGCAACAGUCGAAAGAAAAAAAUAGUAAAUGGCAACCAACCUACUACAUAACAUACAUAACUAAUUUAUCUGUCUAUAAUAAGCCGUCUACAGUUAUAAGGUUGCAUUUCUGAAUUACAUACAUGCGUAUAUUUAGUUUAAAAACAAAUAUUAAUAAUUUGUAUGUCACUGAUUGAAACAAUAAAUACCUACUAUAGAAAAAAAUAA